AUGGAAGAUGUCCACAGAGAGUUGGAAGAAGUCAAGAUGGCCAUGGGGAAGCUCACAGUGGACUUCCGUGCCAAGUCUGAGCUUGUAAACAACCUGAGGAGAGCCUACGAAGAGCAAUGUGCCAAGCUUCAAGAGGCAAAAAUGCAGAUUGGAAAGCAAGCUCAAGAAUUGUGUGAGAAGUCAGAAGAGAUCUCUUCAGCCAGCCAGAUGUAUGAAGACCUCAAAUUAAGUUUCCACGAGAAGGAUUCAGUGCUGAAGACUCUGAGUUCCGUACAUGAUCAGUUACGAAUCAGUUUGCAGGGAAAGUUGACCACGCUGGAAGGAGAGAACAGGGAACUUGCAAUUGCUCUGAAUGAGGCAAAUGCCCAAAUAAAAGACCAGACAUGGAAGCUAUCUACUUUUGAGGAAGAAGUCAAGAAGCUCAAGGAUCUUUUGUUGGAAUCGCAGAAGAGAUGCGCUGAUGCAGAGGGGAAAGCUGAGGCUGCUAAAGAUCUGAGAAGGAGGGAGGAAGUGAUGAUGGAGUUGGAGGGGGAGAAUGCCAGGAUUCAGGAGAAGCUUAAAUGGAGGACAGAACAAUUCAGGCAUCUAGAAGAUGCAAAAGAGAAACUCCAAGAACAGUUCCAUAUGGCUAUGAAGGAAUGGCAAUCGGAGAAGUCCACCUUGGUUGAUGAGAUUUGCUCUUUGCAGAAGAACCUGGAGUCCAAAUCCAGGGUUGCAGAUGACCUCCAUUCUCGUCUACAGAUGAGUAACCAAGCUCUUGCCCAUGAGGAAAGCCGGAGAAAAUUGUUGGAGAUUCAGAUGUCUGAGUCAAAAGUAGCGUGUCAAAAUGUCCUUACAGACUACGAAGAAGCUGCGCUUAAAAUUACUGAAUUGUCAACAAGGGGAGAUGAUGAAAUUGCAUCCUUGAGGCACUCGUUGAUGACUAAAGACACUCUUCUGAAAGAGUCAGAACACAAGAAAAUAAUCCUUGAACAAGAGAACCUGGAGUUACUGGCCUCUUUGAAGGAACUCCGGGAAGCACAAAUCAGUGAGGCAGGAGCUGCUGUUUCUUUAAAGAGCAUGCGCCAAAAGCUUAAAAGUUUGGAGCAUGAACAUAGAGAAUGCGCUACUGUCCUGAAAAGCAAGGAAGCUGGAUGGCUUUCUCAAAUGGAAAAAAUGGUGAAUGAUUUAAACGAGUGUAUUUUCCAAAUUAGUUGCAAAGAUAAGCAGCUUCAGGCAUUCGAGGCAGAACUAGAAGCCACCUGUUGCUCUCUUUUUCAAUUAAAAUUGGAAGUGGAGGAGUCGAAUGCCAUAUCCAUAGUUUUGUUCUCAAAGUAUCCAGAGAUCCAGUCAGAUAUUGAAAGGAUGGGAGAUGAAGUGGAACUGUACAUAGCUGAAAAGGUUGGACAAAUCGCACUUCUGAAGGAGCAGGUUAGGAGCAAGAGCAGUGCACUUGAUCGAGCUAAUAUGCGGAUUGAAGAAGAACAGGAGGCUAGAAAGAUGUUGUUGGAAAGAGUUGAAUCUUUGGAAGUAUAUGAGCAGAAACACUUCCUUAUUCAGAAAGAGCUUAAUGACUACAAAGAAAUGCUUCAGAAGUCCUCUGAGCAUGUGCAUAAUCUUGAAGCACUGCUUCUUCAGAAGGAAUCUUCUUCCAGGGAGGCACUGGAAAAAAUCUCAGACGCAUUGGAUGCAGCAAAUUUUGUUCGUGCUGAACAAGAACAGGAAUUGAAGUCGGUCAAAUUCGAGUUGCAGCAUUCCAAAUUAGCUGCUGAAAAAUCGGAAAAAUCGAAACUAGAUGCCCAAGAUCAAAUACAACUAUAUCAUGAUGAAUGUGAGCAUAUCCGUAGAGAAUUAGAAACAACACUUCUUUCCAAAAUGGAAGUUGAGAAGUCCAAUGAGCAAGUAAAAGGGGACCUUCUCAGAAUUAUCAAAGAAAGAGAUAGGAAAAUAGAUGAUCUUCAGCAACGUAUUGCUCAAGAUGAAGAAGAUAAGAUGAAUAAAGAAUCGGCAGCUUUGGUGUUGACAAAGUUGGCAGCUGAGGAGACUCUCAGAAAGGAGAAGGAUAGAUUCCAUCGAAGCAUGAAAGAGAAGGAGAACAUACUUAAAGGUACACAAAGAGAAUUUGAUAACCUUCUUCGUUACCUUUCAAAAAUAGAAAUUGAAGCUUUUGUAACCCUCGAGCAAACAAGAAUCAGCUUCAUUCUACUGA